AGGUUCUUUAGUACCGCUUCUUCCACACCCUUUCUCCCUCCUUCUUGUCCUCGCCCCGCCUUUCCCCUCCCUUUUCCUCAACCUCGCUCAUUCCUUCCCCGCCUCGCCAUCUUCCACAAUCUCGCGAGACUUGACCCAGAACAUUGCGGAUCGGGUCGGCGCCAUUUUGGGACUGAGACUGGUUGUGGGGGAGGGAAAAGCGGCAAAAGGGGAUUAUUCAAAGUACCGAAAACCUCCUCCCGGGAUCGAGCGCAGCUGAACCCCCAGGCCAGGGCCACCUCUGGUGUGGCAGAAGGUAACUCCGUCCUCUGUGCUCCACACCGGAGUCAGGGAGAGGUGAUUGAAUUACACAGAUGUGAAGAUAAUCAUCUAGGUUUUGUGUAAAAGGCCCCGGAUAUUUCAAGUGGCCAUUUUGGAAUUACCGUGUUUUUGGAUAAUUUUGCCCCAGAAGUUUAUUAACAUCGGCAAGAAUCAUCUCUGAAGUGAAUUGAUAGUAGUGAACAAUUCUACAAGCUGCUUAAAAGAGACCCAGGCAUUUCUUCAGUAUUUUGGUUCAAACGGAACUAUAUAACUGGUUAAAGUAUUUCAGCUGGUGGUGUUUUUUUUUUUUGCCUUCUCCCAACCCCUCCCCUGUUGUUGGUGUUCUUCAGCCAAAACUGCAAGAUAUGUUUGAUUUGUGUACUGAGUAGUUUCGGCAGUUUCAAAUUGCUGUUUAAAUAUUGCUGAAGUUUCAUGGCAGUUUAUUUUUACCUUUAUUAAAAGUUUUAGGAAUUUUUGAUCUCAGCCCUUUUCAUGUCCCAAUGGGGCAGCUUUUCUAAAUGAUAUUGAAAGAAUACAGAGCUUUUUUCCUUUUCUCUUUUAUUUACUUGGAAAUUUAAGAUGUUGCAGUUUCCCAGCAGCAUGGUAAUAUUGAGAUAGCUAUGUGUUUCUGUAUAUUCUGAUGUUUAGGAAUGCUCUUCAGAUGUGAAAUUUUCCUUUUGCUUUUGCUUUUUGGCUCAUAAAUUGGAUAUUUCAUCGAGUGGAAAAGUACAACAGUGACAAGUACAUGGAAUAAUAAAAAGACUUUAUAAUCUUAAAUCCAAGGAACUUGGCUAAUUCUGGAGACAGCCAUAUGAAAACUUUAAAACAGAAGUAUGGGUAGCUGACUUGAAGUAACUCUAUGUCAAAUAGUCAUAGGUUAAGUAUCUUCAAAGAACUUGGAUAUUAUUUCAGAGGAUACAAAAUUAAAAAACAAACUGGAAAACAUAAAGAUUACAGAGAAAAACCCAACACCUUCCUGUGCAGUCCUAGUGGAAUUUGGACUUGCCAUGAGGUGUUGAAGCCUUGUUUCACUGAGUUGGAGAGACUGGACCUAAAUGGCGCAGCAUGACUUUGCUCCAGCCUGGCUUAAUUUUCCUACUCCACCAUCAUCAACCAAGUCAUCAUUGAAUUUUGAGAAGCAUUCUGAAAACUUUUCAUGGACAGAAAAUCGUUAUGAUGUGAAUCGUCGACGACACAACUCUUCAGAUGGCUUUGAUUCUGGUAUUGGACGUCCUAAUGGAGGUAACUUUGGAAGGAAAGAAAAGAAUGGAUGGCGUGCGCAUGGAAGAAAUGGUACAGAAAACAUAAAUCAUCGAGGGGGAUACCAUGGUGGAAGUUCCCGUUCUCGUAGCAGUAUUUUCCAUUCUGGAAAAAACCAAGGACUACAUGAAAACAACAUACCUGACAAUGAAAUGGGGAGGAAAGAAGACAAAAGAGAACGCAAACAGUUUGAGGCUGAAGAUUUUCCUUCUUUAAAUCCUGAAUAUGAAAGAGAACCAAAUCAGAAUAAAUCUUUAGCUGCAGGUGUAUGGGGCCUACACGCCCAGGCACACACAUACCCAACCAAAAAAAUCUCCCAAGCUCCUCUCUUAGAAUAUCCUCCGAAUCCUAAAUCUAGAGCUCCAAGAAUGCUGGUUAUUAAGAAAGGUAAUACAAAAGACUUACAGCUAUCUGGAUUCCCAGUAGUGGGAAAUCUUCCGUCACAGCCAGUUAAGAAUGGGACUGGUCCAAGUGUUUAUAAAGGCCUGGUCCCUAAACCUGCUGCUCCACCUACAAAACCUACACAAUGGAAAAGCCAAACUAAAGAAAAUAAAGUAGGGACUUCUUUCCCUCAUGAAUCUACAUAUGGUGUUGGCAACUUUAAUGCUUUUAAAUCAGCUGCCAAGAAUUUUAGUCCAUCAACAACUUCAGUGAAAGAGUGUAAUCGCUCAAAUUCCUCUUCACCUGUUGACAAACUUAAUCAGCAGCCUCGCCUAACCAAACUGACACGUAUGCGCACUGAUAAGAAGAGUGAAUUUUUGAAGGCAUUGAAAAGGGACAGAGUAGAAGAAGAACAUGAAGAUGAAAGCCAUGCUGGCUCAGAGAAGGAUGAUGACUCAUUUAAUUUGCAUAACAGCAAUAGUACUCACCAAGAAAGGGAUAUAAACCGAAACUUUGAUGAAAACGAAAUUCCGCAAGAGAAUGGUAAUGCUUCAGUGAUUUCCCAACAGAUUAUUCGGUCUUCAACCUUGCCACAAACUGAUGUUCUUUCAAGUUCACUUGAGGCAGAACACAGAUUGUUAAAGGAGAUGGGCUGGCAAGAAGACAGUGAAAAUGAUGAAACUUGUGCUCCUUUAACUGAGGAUGAAAUGAGAGAAUUCCAAGUUAUUAGUGAACAGUUACAGAAGAAUGGUCUGAGGAAAAAUGGUAUUUUGAAAAACGGCCUGAUCUGUGACUUCAAGUUUGGACCCUGGAAAAACAGCACUUUCAAACCAACUAUUGAGAAUGACGACACAGAGACAAGUAGCAGUGACACGUCAGAUGACGACGAUGUGUGAAGGAUUUCCUAACAGCUUUAGAAAUUUUAGUGUGAUACAUCUCUCAUACAGUUUGGGGUGAAUUGUAAAAAUGAAGAACUAUAAUUUAUGUAGUAAAAUACCCCAUUAGAAGAUGAUUAUUUUGUGGGACUUCAAUAUGAAGAAAACCAAGAAUGUUGUGUUGGGCUGUGUUGAACAUUAUUUCUUUGUAAAUGAAUGUUGUAGGAAUGAGGACUUUGGUUGAUCCAACGUUGACUUUCUUCAUCACUGCAGCAUUUUCUCUGACUAGCAAUGUGACGAUGUAACAAAUGAGAUUUUCUCAUUUAAUAAUAAAAAAGUUGUGUAAUGUUUUGCAAAGCUUCUGUCUUAAAAUGUCCAGGUCUUAAGAAAAAAGGCAGCUUACACUGUUUUGCUUGCAGAGUCAUAUCUUUUCGUAUAAUGGAAAUCCUCAAGUCCUUUGUUCCCCCUGUGCCCCCCAAAAAAGACAAUGUAGCAUGUUGGCUAAAACUGGAGCAAAGUGCACUAAAACAUUAAUUUCCUGAACUCAACUGUUGUACUAGUCACCUUUUAAAACAAAUUGCUCUUUAGCCAUUUGUAGUUCAGUAAACGUUACAGGAAAGACUUGCCACACUUUCUUCCAAAUUUUAAGAGGUGAUUUUUCAAGAGCUUUAUUUGGGUAUGUUUGUCAGACCAGGAUCUUCAGAGUUGAUGGAAAAGGGUCUUAUGGGAAAACUUACUUUGAUAAAUUACUACACAUGCAGAAAAACUGAUCACACUGACUGGAUCUGUCCACAACAUGGAAAAUAAACUGGAUUUUCAGAA